CCUACAGAAACCCGCAAACAAGCGUCCUUAAACCCUAGCUCAGCAGGUACCCUGAUUCUCUCCUCCGCCUUCUCCGUCUCCUCCUUCUUCUCCGGUAGCUCCCCGGCCAUGGCGAGGGAGAAACUGAAGCCUCUUCUCAUAUCUUUCACUGCCGAUGGGAACUAUCUCGCUGUUCUCUCUCCCAACGGAACCGUCAGGGUUUGGAGUACUACAGAUGAAAGCUUAUUAGCCGAAUGGCAGCAUUCGGAUAGUGAGUCUGCUAUCAGCAGUUCAUGCAUGGCAUUAAGUUUUGUUGGAAAGAAGCCUAAGAAAGGACGUGGUAAGUGCUUACUUGCUCUUGGUGCAAAGGAUGGUAACAUCUCUACCAUUGAUGCAUUCACGGGUGAGAUGAAGUGGAAAUUUUCGGAAUGCAGUCCUGGCGGAGUUGCCGAUAUCUCCUUUCUGAGGAAUGGUCGCCACCUCUGUGUCAUUGGAAAUGACGGGACUGUAUUUGAGAUGAACUCAGAAACUGGGGAAUGUUUAAUGGAUCUCAAAGUUUCGAAAAGGCCCAUCUCUUCUGUGGCUUUCUCGUGUGAUGAGAAACUAAUUGCGUUAGCUUCCAGGAAGAUGAGGAUCUUAGAAUUAGAAAAUGGAAAAGAACUCCUGAAAUUUCCAACUGAUGUGGGUUCAGUAAAUCGGAUAGCUAUGUCCGAUAAUGGCAAGACUGUGAUUACAUCAGAGAUUGGACAAAACUAUCUACAAGUGUGGAAUUGUGAUUAUGACUCAGGAAAUGCUGUCAGGGGACCUGCCCUUACAUUAUCAAAUGCCCCUGUUAGUUUUGAAUGUAGAAGCGGUGGCGACGAGCAAGACAGCACUGUUGUACUAGCUAUUCUCCAAUCUGGUCCAGCUUACUUAUGGAAUCUGAAGAAUGUCUUUGAGGAUGGCGAUGCAUCAAAGAUCUCUGUGAAACCCAAAAAAUCUAUCUUUGCUGCUAAGUUACUCUCCGUAGAAGCAGAGAAGCCAAUCGUGGCUGUUGCGGCUUAUGGUUCUGUGGAUUCUCCUAAGUUCAGCCACAUCGAGAUCAGUAGAACUGGUGGAGAUGUUGUCAUAAAUCCUAAGUGUGGCCCUACUGAAUUCCAAGACAAAGGAGUGUCCACGAAUGGAGGUGAAUUAGCUGAUGCUGAAGCCCGAAUGAACAGGAAACGAUCUGAGCCAGAUCCCGAUUUACCCACUACGAGGGCGGUAUCAGAUUCCGGCCUUGAUGAAGAUACAGAUGGAGUACUUGUGGAUGAUGAUCCCAAUGAGCCAACCAUGGGUGAGAAACUUGCGAGUCUUAAUUUGUUAGAUAAUGACAAGCGUGGCAGCCAGGAGCCUCCUGAAUCUUCCCUUCCAGACACGGCACCUCCUACUGCAGCCUCGGUUAAUGUCCUGCUUAAACAAGCUUUACAUGCCGACGACCGUGCCCUUCUGUUGGAUUGCUUGUACAAUAGAGAUGAAAAGGUGAUUGCUAAUUCAGUGGCUACACUGAAUUCAUCUGAUGUACUCAAGCUUUUAAACUCACUUCUACCAAUAAUCCAGUCAAGGGGUGCGCUUUUGGCGUGUGCAAUUCCGUGGAUAAAGAGCCUGUUACUUAAACACACCGGUGGAAUAAUGUCACAGGAAUCCUCUCUACAAGCUUUAAACACAAUGUAUCAGCUGAUUGAAUCUCGGAUAUCGACUCUACAAACAGCAGUAGAAGUUUCUAGCAGCUUGGACUUCCUUUACACGGGGAUUGUGAAGGAAUUGGAUGAAGGAGAGGAGGAGGGUCCGGUGAUAUACGAGUUUAGUGACGACACUGAUGACGAAGAGGAAGGAGAGGCCAUGGAAACCGGUGAAGAUGAAGAAGAAGAAGCAUUCGAUGAUUCUGAUUUAGAAGGAUUUGACGACGACAUGAGCGAAUGAGGGAACCCCCCACCCUGCAAAGUUUUGGGCUUGAAGAAGCCAUAUAUAUGGUUUAAUCAAAUAUAUCUUCACACUCUUUUUUGUGAUGCGAAUCAUAAUCAUAUAUGUCACCAUUGCAAUACCAUUUUGAAGGAGAAGACAGAUUUUAUAUAUGUGUUGAGAUUCAAAGCAAUAAUCAUUCAUAUCG